GCAGACCAUCCAGGAACACAGCGGAGCGGCUUCAGAGUGCGGGUCGGAUAGUCCCGAACAGGACCUAGAAUAGGCUAGCUUUUUUUUUCCUGCCCUCCCUCUCUUUUCUCUUUACCCUCCUCUGUUUUUCGUUCUCUCAUUUAAGAGAGAGACAUUCAAAUUUUGCCAAAUACAAACGUACUACCAACUACUACAACCAUGGCAUCUGCAAGCAGCUCUGCACAGGCCGCCUUCGGGCUGGGCCGGAGGAAGAAGAACCCCGGCCUCCUGGAUCAGAUUGGAAACUUCUUUGGAGGGGACAAGAAGAGGAAGACCAAGGGAUCUUUCCGAGGUGCUCUCUCUCCAGGCCCCCAGAAGGCCUCUGCGACUUCCCCACGUAAGCGUGGAGCAGAGAACGCUGUGGUCCAUUUCUUCCGCACGAUCGUUUCCCCUGCCCCUCCCAAGUCUAGGUGGAGAGGACUAGCAGCCAGGAUAGGCCUGGGCGACCAGAAGUCACAGUCUGCUAAAGCCAAGAAGGCCAGUGCAGGGGACGGCAAAGGCACCCUCACUAGGAUCUUCAAAAUGGGAAGCAGGAGUGCUUCUCCAGCCAAACGCUGAAGUCCCUCUCUACACCCCCUUCCAACAGCAAGAGGGCAGAUGUUCAAGAUCACAUGACUUAAGUGGGGAAAAAGAAGAAUAAAAGAAAUAAAUCUUGUCACCCCCUAAAAUUACCUUCCCCUCCUCCUCCUCUAACACUCUAACUUGUGCUAAACCCCUCAUCUCCUUAUUACAUACCCACCCCUUUGGCUGGUAGAUAGCGACACAAUCUGUUGCCCCCUCCCCUGCAUGCGUUGUGAGUCUCUGCAGUCGUCAUCAUAAGCGUGAACUUUUUGCUGAAAUUUUACCCUGAAGCCGCUCACGUGUUCAGCCUGAAUGGGCCCCCUGACCCCCCCUGCAUGGCUCUCUAUACUUGUGCUUGAGUUUCUAUGGACGUCUUCGUUAGUUCCUCUAACAAUAGGGUGGCUAAACAGAAGCACACUUGGAGCAGUUGAAGGAUUGCGGCCGGUGCAAGUUCGACUGACUUGACCGUCAUUGCCCCUUGCUAAUUGGAUGAAAAGGCCGGGGUGUUUCUGUUUAGAAAAAGAGCGUUUUUCUGUCUCGUCACACUGUCUUUGUCAUUCCCUCAAACGUUUUUUGUGAACCCAAACAUAAACCUGUGUUUAACAGAUUUUUCAUUCUUAUGAGAGCCACUUGGUCAUAGUGUGUUUUCAUUCAACCUUUGUGUCUUAGCUGUAGUUAAAUGUCCUGUCAUGAUUGUGAUGUUGAUCUAUGUUUGUCAUUAGGGCCUACGGCGGGGCUGUGGUUUUUUGUGGUAAAAAUUGAGUUUCUAAACCUUCUUAAUCACAUUUUCUGCAAUAGCCACUGAAAAAGAAAGCAAAUAAAGGGGUCAUUUCUAACGUAUAAUUUCUUUUUUGGUCCAUGAGAUAAUGUUAAACACUAAUGAUGCUAGAUUCAGACCUUCCCUGCUUUAGUGUAGUCUGGGUCUCUAUUUUGUCUUCGCUGUUUUCUAUCUCCCACAUGGCACACAUACUGUAAAGUAAAUUCACAAAAAACAUUGCACAACUACAAGUGCCUUUUCCUCCUGACUACCAACACCAAAGUUCUGUGAUGCCUUCUUAUGGAUAAUAAAAAAAACACAAUUUCAAGAAAGGUGCUCUGUGACUAACUCUGUAGUGACACAUUAUAAAGUGUUUUUGGGGAAUGUGUAAUUUGCAAGUUUUCUGAAAAAAAAAAUAGCUCAGCCCUCCCACUUGUGCUGUUCAAAACAUCCGUCUUCCACAUGUGUUAAAAAGCAGGCAUUUGUGAUCUGUAGCGUUCAUCUCUUCCACUGUUUGUGUUUGCUUGAGCAUUGUGAAUGCUGUGUGAUGUGUUUUUCUGAAUGGAUUCUGUGGAUGAAUGUAAAGAUCCUCUUCAUUAUUGCAUGUGUAAUAAAACAUGACCAGCCACUUAACUGAGAAUAAAAAAAUAAA